AUGGGAGGCGGUGUCUGCGCCGGCCGGCGGCUAAACCCCACCUCCGAACUGCCUGGGAGGGGUCUCACGGGCGGAGAGCGGGAGGCGGGGCUCAAGCGAGUGGCGCGCGGCGUGGAACGCGAGUCGCGACCCCGGAUUCCGGCGGUGGCGCGCGCCGGCCCUCGCGCCGCACGGGACAGGAGAGUGGGAGUAAAGAAUGGAUUUUAAGGCGGGGGCAGUUCCCGGAGACACGCGCUCGGGUUGGAAGGUGGGGUGAAUGCCGGGUCGGCUAGCGCACCUUAUUCUGUACCCUUGCGCCCGCCUCGGGAACUGCACGUGGCACCUCCACCCCCGCCUCCCACUCAGACGAUUACGCGGCCGGGAGGGCUCCCCCGGCGGGCUAGGCUAAUGGUUCGCUCCGCCCCGCCCACACAGAGGCCGCCCACUGACUUUUGCGCAGGAAGGGGGCUUGGCCUCCGCCCUCAGAAUCUCUGAAAGGUAGGGGGAGUUGUCUUCAGUUCUGACCCAGCGCUCAGACCCAGACCGGGUCCCAGCCUCCAACCUGGACUUGCCGCUAGGAAGCCGGCCAGCCUCUGCCUUCGGACCUGGGGAAAAGUCUCAAAGCUCCGCUCUCAGACUCUGAAAAGGGUCUGGUAG